CUACCUCGAGUAGUAAGCUGACACUUCUUCUCUUCCCAUUGAACCAUCUAUUUUGGCUUCCUUGCUAGCACUAUAUAAACCCAUCCAACCUCAAGGGAGGUAGAACUUGAAGCUUAGCUAUUACCCAAGCUAGCUUAGUAGAACUAUCACAUUCUGAUAUCCUCACCAACUCCGGAGCUAAUUAAAAUCUUGCAAUGGGUGGCCUCUCCCUUCAGCACCCGUGGGCCUUUGCCUUUGGCCUCCUAGGCAACGUCAUCUCCUUCAUGACCUACCUGGCCCCACUGCCAACGUUCUACCGGAUCUACCGGAGCAAGUCGACGCAGGGGUUCCAGUCGGUCCCAUACGUGGUGGCGCUCUUCAGCGCGAUGUUGUGGAUCUACUACGCGCUGCUCAAGUCUGACGAGCUCCUGCUCAUCACCAUAAACUCUGCCGGAUGCAUCAUCGAAACCAUCUACAUCGUCAUGUACCUCGCUUACGCGCCUAAGCAAGCGAAGAUAUUCACGGCGAAGAUCCUCCUCCUCCUGAACGUGGGUGUGUUUGGCCUCAUCCUACUCCUCACCCUGCUGCUGGCGGGGGGCGAGAAGCGCGUCGUCAUGCUUGGGUGGGUCUGCGUCGGCUUCUCAGUCAGCGUCUUCGUAGCGCCCCUCAGCAUCAUCCGCCUUGUGGUGCGUACCCGGAGUGUGGAGUUCAUGCCCUUUUCACUCUCCCUCUCCCUCACUGUCAGCGCCGUCGUCUGGUUCCUCUAUGGGCUCCUCAUCAAGGACAAAUAUGUUGCCCUUCCCAACAUCCUCGGGUUUGCCUUCGGGGUGAUCCAGAUGGGGCUCUACGCCAUCUACUGCAACGCCACGCCCACGCUGGCGCCAAAGGAGGUGGAUAGACCGCUGCCUGAGCAUGUCAUCAACGUUGCUAAGCUCGGCCCGACGGCUACCAUCAAGCUCAACAUGCCAGCAGCCGUCCAGCCACCUACGAAGGAGAACAUCGUGGCUUGUGCCAGCGGCGAGACCAAAGAGAUCAGUGUUGAGAAGGUUGACAUGGCAACCAAUGUCGAGCAUGUAUAGGCAGGCAGGCCCCAUGCAGCCAGAUCCUCUCCUGGGGCACAAAUGGUAUUGUAGUUUACUAUCGCUACUGUAGCUAUUUUGGGCUUGCCUGAGACCUUUGCUCAUCCAGGCUCCGGUAGUGUCAUGGAAGUAUGCAUCCAGUUAAGCCAUGACAGGCAGGGGUGGAGCAAAGAAGCUAGGGAGACAAAGCAUGCAUGCAAAGUGUUCCACCGUUAAUGUUCCAUUUCAUGCAUAGUGUUACUGUUCGUAGUUGUUCGUCGUAAGGCUUAUUUUAUUCUGCCAGUAUUCAUUAGUAUCCACUGUCCAGUCACUUCCACGUAAUAAUCUUGUUAUAAAAAAUUCAAU